UGGCUGUUUCUAAAAAAACCGGGAUUGGCUGGGGCGGAUCCCUGUCGCGUUCCCUCCGAGGCGCGUGGUUCGUGUAACUUUACGCCUUUGGCCGUCUUUGGCGGCCGCCUUCUGGAUCGGGGUCGGGGAAGAGGAGCGGGGAUUUCUGGAAUCGGGUGCAGGACGCUUACCUUCACCUGCUCCUAUACUUGCGAGUCUCCUUAGAGAAGGCUCACCAUGAGGAUGCCGCCCACGAACUGAGACUCGGAAGAGUGGAGGAUCGUUUUUUUUGUCCAAGAAUGGCUGAGGGAGAUGGAGAGGUGAGAUGGGAUGGGCUGUGCAGCCGGGAUGCCAGCGCAAGAGUCAGCGCCUUGGAAAACAUAAAGCAGGUGGUCCUGAAGAAAAGCCAGGCAAUGGCUCUGGACCAAGGCGGUGGAUGUCCUCCAGCUGCAGGAGGGCUCCUGCCCUCUGCAAAUAGUGCGCCAAGUGAGCUGAACCAAAUGCUUGCUCGGCUGCUCACACUUUCCAAGAGAUGCCCUUUCAGAGACGUGCAAGAGAAGACUGAGGCCAUUCUGAAGCAUGUUCAGGAACUUGGAAUUAGGAUCCCCAGACCACUGGGACAAGGACCAAGCAGAUUUAUCCCAGAAAUGGAGAUUCUUCAAGUGAGCGCGGAGGAUCCUCAGAUGUCUUCUUUGUUUGCUGAGUCUUUCACAACUUUGGGGCAUUUGGAUAACAUUACAUUGGUGAUGGUUUUUCACCCACGGUAUCUGGAGAGUUUUUUGAAAACUCAGCAUUAUCUACUGCAGAUGGAUGGUCCACUGCCUCUUUGCUAUCGACAUUAUAUAGGUAUAAUGGCUGCAGCAAGACAUCAGUGCUCUUACUUGGUAAAUCUUCAUGUCAAUUAUUUUCUACAAGUUGGAGGAGAUCCUAAAUGGCUGAAUGGUCUAGAAAAUGCACCUCAAAAGUUGCAGAAGUUGGGUGAUUUGAAUAAAAUUUUGGCACACAGACCUUGGCUCAUUACAAAGGAACAUAUUGAACAACUUCUAAAAACCGAAGAACACAGCUGGUCAUUGGCCGAAUUGGUCCAUGCUGUAGUACUCCUCACACACUAUCACUCACUUGCUUCGUUCACUUUUGGCUGUGGAAUCAAUCCAGAGAUCCAUUGUGAUGGCGGUCACACUUUCAGGCUGCUCUCCGUUGAUGGUUAUUGCAUUUGUGAUAUAACAAAUGGCAAUCAUGAUGAGUAUAAGAUGCACACCCCCGAUACAGAUAUUACAACUCCCGAGCCCUCCUGUGAAGUAGAAGCACUUAUGGAAAAAAUGAAGCAAAUACAGGAAUGCAGAGACGAUGUUGAAGCUAGUCAAGAGGAAAAGGCCACCCGAUUCGAGAAGGAGAAGAGAGAAAGCAUGUUAGUGCGUUGCUCAGAAGAUGAAGAAAUAUCACCAACAAGAGAUGUAUCUCGUCACUUUGAGGAUACUAGCUAUGGUUAUAAAGAUUUUUCAAGACAUGGGAUGCAUGUACCUACCUUCCGUGUACAGGACUAUUCGUGGGAAGACCACGGAUAUUCUCUGGUAAAUCGUCUCUAUCCAGAUGUAGGACAACUAAUAGAUGAGAAGUUUCAAAUUGCCUACAACUUGACUUACAACACAAUGGCUAUGCAUAAAGAUGUGGAUACAUCAAUGCUUAGGCGUGCAAUUUGGAAUUACAUCCACUGUAUGUUUGGAAUAAGAUACGAUGAUUACGACUAUGGUGAAAUUAAUCAGCUGUUGGACCGCAGCUUUAAAAUUUAUAUCAAAACUGUAGUGUGUGCUCCCGAGAGGACCACAAAUAGAAUGUACGAUAGCUUCUGGAGGCAAUUCAAACAUUCUGAGAAGGUUCACGUCAAUUUGCUUCUCAUAGAAGCACGGAUGCAAGCUGAACUGCUUUACGCUCUGAGAGCCAUUACUCGUUACAUGACGUGAAAACUUUGGGCAGUAAUAAUCGAAGGUGCCACCGGGGCAACUUACCAGGGCUUGUUAAGGGGCUUCUCAACCAGCAGGGGCUAAAAGCCAUGAAUUUUUUUGUGCCAUAGUGUUUAUUAUUAUUACUGCUGCUGCUACUACUAGUAUUAUUGCAGCUCCUUCCUUAGUGGGAUAUUACUGCUGAUGUUGAGGUUGGUGGUAGGACAGUUGUUCAGAGACACAAUCAAACGGAUUCCAGCCUGCUCUAGUUAGCACAGGAGGCAAUGGCUUCUGGUAGACAACUAAUUACCGAAAUCCUCAUGUGUUGUCAGAAAUAAAUAAGAAUCUGGAAGAUAAGAAUUUUGCUUUUGAUAUAAGAGUGAAUAAUGUUUUUAUAAAAGUCCUGAUGCUGCUGAACGUGCUGGUUAAAUGAAGAGACUAGCAAUUCCAGUUAUUAAGCUAUAAACAAAUGCAAGCAAUGCUACCGUCUGAGCCUACAUUGUAUGUGAUUUUAGAGAAGCUCCUUGCUGAUAAUGCAGAGCUGAACAGGAUGUUACAUUAACAGUUUUGAUUGUUAAAAGAAUCUUUUGCUGUCUAGGUUGGUCUUAUUAUUUCAGACUGAGACAGUGCAAGACUAUCAAAGCUGCUUAAAAACCUCCAACUUUGUGAAAAAACUGAAUAGUUAAGAGCAAGGAUAGAUAAUCUUACUUCUUCAGUAUUCCUAGAAGCUAUCAAAGGUGUCGAAAUAUCCAUUCAGGCCUCAAAUAGCUUCUUCCUAAAACCCUCAUUUCUACAGUUUGCCCCUUAAGUAGCAGCUUACGUAGUUAAACAAGAAAAUAGCAUUAACAACAAGAACAAAACCCCUGUAAGUGACUUUGAUAUACAUGUGUGAGUGCGUGCAUGGGUAAAAUAUAUGGACACUUUUUGUAUGAGAUCUUUGUUAGUAUUACUGGGUUGUUUAAAUAAAAAAAUAACAUUUUC